UGUCACUCUACCUCCAGCUUAAAUGACAACGCAGCGUGUAGUUCCGAGUGUCAAAAAUUUAGCGAAGCAGUAGUCAAGAUUGCUGAUAAGUAUCCAAAUAAUCAGUGUCUACAAGGUUUCCGCGAGAGAUGUGGCAGAAUGAUUGAUGGAAUUUGUGGAACAACAGUGCUGGUGCCUGUAUGCAAGUGCCGCUCUAAGGCCUUCGAAGGGCUACCGUUGGAGCAUGUGAAGCAAAGAUGGCGUCUUAACGAUCUUUGGAUUUGCCGCCAGCAAUUCCCGAUAAUCAAAGGCGUUGGGAACCUCAAACUCAAAUUCAAGGCCAGACCCGACGGAGGCGGAGGAGGGGAAGACGAGGGAGACGGUUAUCAUGGAAGUACUUAUCAAGGAAGCGAAUAUGGUGGAGGCGCAUAUCACGGAAGCGAAUAUUCAGGGGGUAAGGUCGAAAUAAGUGGAUACCCAUCGAGCGAACAUCCAGCAAACGGACAUCCAGUAGGCGGAUGGGGAUAUCAAGGACCUGGAGGAGGUGGAGGCGGAAAUCAAGUAAGCGGAGGCGGCGGUGAUAAAUUUAGUGGAAGUGCUGAGGGCAAAGGUAAAUUGGAUGGAGGCAGUGGAAGCAAAAGUAGAUUAGAUGGAAGAUUUGGAAGUGGUGGAAGAUUGAAUGAAGGAGGUGGAAGCAAAAGUAAAUUGGAUGGAGGAGGUGGAAGCAAAACUAAAUUGGAUGGAGGAGGUGGAAGCAGAAGUAAAUUAGGUGGAGAAGGUGGAAGUGGUGGUAAAAUUGUUAAGGUAGAUGGAAAUAGUGGUAGAGUAGCUGAGGGUAAUGGUAGAUUAGUUGGAGAUAGUGGUAGACUAGGUGGAGGUAGUGGUAGACUAGGUGGAGGUAGUGGUAGACUGGAUAAAAGUAAUGGUAAAGUAGGUGGAGGUAGCGGUAGACUAGGUGGAAGUAGUGGUAGACUGGACGAAGGUAAUGGUAAAGUAGGUAGAGGUGGUGGUGUAAAAAGAUUGGGUCGUGUUUUCUCACACUCGAGAAUAGCCAGGGCUGGGAGCAAAAUUGCGGGUCAUGUGCUAAAGGCAGGAAGGGGAGAAAAGAGGAAGAAAGGAGGGAUUGGGAAGAAGAGGAGGAGGCACAGAAAGGGCUGGAAAGAGGGCGAAGAGAGUGAAAAAGAGGAGGAGCAGGGUGACGAAGAAGGGGCAGAAGAGGAGGCUUUGUCGAGGAGCUCUUCUUCAUCUUCCUCCAGGUCCGGAAGACUCUUUGACCCGUUUGUCAGGCAGGAGUCCUCCAGGUCCGAAGUGCCCCCUGAUGCACCUGCCAGGCAGGAGUCCUCGAGGCCCGAGUGGGUCCCUACCCCGCAGGAGCCGGCCGCUUCUUCUUAUGAGCCAGCCGCCUCUUCCUAUGAGCCAGCCGCCUCUUCUUAUGAGCCAGCCGCCUCAACCGAUUAUGGUUACGGUGGCUCCUCAUAUGACACGGUCGAUUAUGGUGGUAAUGAUACUGGUGGUUAUGAUUAUGGAGGUUAUGAUUGA